AAAGAUUAAUACAUGAUUAGUGGACCCUAGUAACUAUAAUUACUAUUUCCUCUUACAUGUAGGGUCACAAAACGUUUAUUCUUUCUACAAAACUGUAGACUUACGUGCUAUUUGAUUUGCCACCGUCCGCCACUGACGGUAUUAUAUAAUUAUAUUUUGCUUGGUCCAAGUACAACAAAACAUAUCCGCUCAUGAUUUUGACUAUUAGUGGUUUGUUGAUGAUGUUCUCGACUCUCAUGCAACAAACGAAAAAAAUAAUACAAGACAAGUAUUUCAAAAAUGAACCCAUUAACGAGACGAUUACUAGUGAUGUAAUAAAUACAAACGAACUACCCGAAAGCAAUAGUCAAGAACUUAAGUAUCAAAUAUAUGAUCUUAUAAGAACAAUCAAAGACCCUGAAAAACCAGCAACACUUGAAGAUUUAAAUGUUAUUUAUGAAGAUGGAAUUAAAGUAAUAAACCAUCCAGACAUGAAGUUAUGUACAAUCAAAAUAGAAUUUAAUCCGACAGUUCCACACUGCAGUCUAGCGACACUAAUCGGCCUUAGUAUACGAAUCAAAGUUUUGAGAUCGAUUGUAGAAAAUGUCAAACUUGAUAUUUAUAUCAAAAAAGGUGCCCAUACGACAGAAGAAGAAAUCAAUAAACAAAUUAAUGACAAAGAAAGGGUUGCAGCAGCAAUGGAAAAUCCAAGCUUACGAGAAGUAGUUGAAAAAUGUAUAAAAGAAGAAGAAUAAGUUAUACUGAAUAUAAGACUGCUUUAAAAUUAAAAAAUAUUUUUUAUAAUAUAGAUCUUAAAAUUAAGUACUUGUAAAUAGAUUUAUUCAUUAAGGAAACUUUUUAUAAUUAUUAUUAUAUUUGUAAAGGGGUGUUUGGUUUAUAGAAUAUUGUAAAUUAAAUUUUU